AGUGGAUAGGUUGAUGCUAUACAACACACGCCCCACUCCCUCGAGAUACCGAGGUACAUUUCAGCUGGGGUCUGUAUGGACGCUUUUGGAUGGCCACGGCCACGGCAUAACAACAAGCCCGUCGGGUGGAUUACUGAUCAUACAAUUGUCGGGUUCACUAUAUGGCUCUUAGGUAUAGCUACGUAUAUUACUAAAAUUGUACAUCGUAGACACCACACGUUAGGUCAUUGGGGUGUCGUUCCAUCGAAGACUCCACCGGGUCAUCUCUUAUAUUGUCCACCAGCGGGAUACAUAUGGGAGCCCUACGUCUCAAAAAAAAAAAAAAAAUCUCCUGAUGAGAGUAAGCACGCCGGAAAAUACACACAGGUAUAAAGGAAAUGGUUGUUAAUAUGGAUGAUCCGGAAAAGUCCGGGGAUGACAACCAACAUCGACCAGUCAAUACCACCACCACACAGAAUGAAGACACGGACAGCCCAGCGAUUUUACCCGAGUGUCGACCGACAGAUCCAUUUCCGGAUAGCACAGACCUGAAAUCAGGAGUAGUUGAUCUCGAUGGAACCGAUGACCCUCUUGACCCCCAAAACUGGCCCACGAAAAAGAAGCUAUAUAUUGCCAUACUACUUGGCCUGGCUACCAUGAUCGUUGCCCUAACGAGCAGCAUAUUCUCCGUCAUCAUUCCAGUCUUGAUGGUCAUACACGGAAUUUCACGAGAAGUAGGGACACUGGGAGUAUCGUUAUACGUGCUAGGAUUCGCAACAGGUCCCCUCGUCUGGGCACCAUUAUCCGAGAUCAAAGGGCGUCGCUUACCUUUCGUUACCGCCAUGUUCGGAUUUUCCGUGUUCGCCUUCGCGACGGCUGUAUCCAAAGACCUCCAAUCGAUCUUCAUCUGCCGCUUUUUCGCCGGUUUCUUCGGUGCUUGCCCGUUGACCCUGGCUGGCGCCGUCUACUCCGAUAUCUUGACUCCACAAAUCCGCGGCGCUGGCAUGGUCGGGUUCUGCCUGAUGGUCUUCUCAGGACCCCUUCUGGCGCCCGUCAUCGGAGGGUUCAUCGUUCUGAACGAGAAUCUCGGCUGGCGAUGGACCCAUUAUAUUCCGGGGAUUCUCGGUUCGGCGUCCUUCAUAUCCCUCCUGCUGUUCCUCGAUGAAUCCUAUGUGCCGGUUCUGCUAGCAUCCAAGGCGAGCCGAUUGCGCCGCGAAACCGGAGACUGGUCCCUCCACGCCAGACACGAAGAACUCAACGUGAGCUUCGAUGAGAUCUUCCAGAACUAUCUCGCGACCCCACUCAAGAUGCUCACCCUGGAUCCAAUCAUCCUGUGCAUGUGCAUCUUCGGCUCCUUCGUCUACGGCCUGCUCUACCUCUUCCUCACUGCUUACCCGAUUAUCUUCCAACGUCUGCACCACAUGAAUGCUGGCGUGGGCGGACUUCCCUUCAUUGGGGUUAUUAUCGGCCAGCUCCUCGCCGGAACAGUCAUGUUCAUGGGCUCGCCGACACUGGCUCGGAAAAUCCGCGCCAAUAACGGUGAAAUGGUGCCCGAGUGGUUGAUUGUCGUGGCUAUUCCUGGCUCCGUGGCGUUCUCGGCCGGUCUCUUCUGGCUCGGCUGGACAGGCUACAGGUCCUCCUUCCCCUGGAUGCUUCCCACGGCGUCCGGGCUGCUCACUGGCUUUGGCCUAUUGUCGAUGUUUCUGCCGUCGAUUGCGUACGUAGCAGAAGCGAGAAGGAAGAGGGCCGCCUCCGCGAUUGCUGCACAUACGUUCCUCCGUUCGCUCGCUGGCGCUGUGUUCCCCCUCUUUGCAACGUACAUGUUCGAUGCCCUGGGGGUCGAAUGGGCAUGUACGCUCCUCGGCUGCGUGGCUGCAUGCCUAAUUCCAAUGCCAAUCGUCCUGUACAUCUACGGGGCCAAGCUGAGGGCCAGGAGCAAGGUGGUUCUCUAAUUCGGGUUCCAAAACCAAAGAAUAGACGGAUGGCGUUUUGGGAUUUCAUUAUAAAGAAUAUAUUAUAUUAUAUUAUAUUAUAAUACCUGGCCUCUUCAUAGCUGUCUUAUCGCGCAGAUU